AUGUUCUCGCGAGCCGUCCGGAUAUCGCGGGCAGCGCCCCUCCGCACUGUCCAGCGUGCCCAGGCUGCUCCCAUCGCCGCCCGGAGGACUGUCACUACGAAUGCGGCUUCGGCGCAGGUUGAUAAGGGCUCGGUUCCGCAGUCCGAAGAUGAGCCCUUCAACGUCCGGCUCAGCGACGAGAGCUUCGAGACCUACGAGCUCGACCCGCCCCCUUACACCCUCGCGGUGACGAAGAAGCAGCUGAAGCAGAUGUACCGCGACAUGGUGACCGUGAGGCAAAUGGAGAUGGCCGCCGACAGGCUAUACAAGGAGAAGAAGAUCCGGGGUUUCUGCCAUCUUUCGACCGGUCAGGAGGCCGUUGCCGUCGGUAUCGAGCAUGCGAUCAACAAGGACGACGACGUGAUCACCUCGUACCGUUGCCACGGCUUCGCCUACAUGCGUGGCGGUACCAUCCGCUCCAUCAUUGGCGAGCUGCUCGGCCGUCGUGAGGGUAUUGCCUACGGCAAGGGUGGCUCCAUGCACAUGUUCGCUAAGGGCUUCUACGGCGGCAACGGUAUCGUCGGCGCCCAGGUCCCUGUUGGGGCUGGUCUUGCUUUCGCCCAGAAGUACACGGACAGCAAGAAGGCUACUGUUAUUCUCUACGGUGACGGUGCCAGCAACCAGGGUCAGGUGUUUGAGGCUUUCAACAUGGCCAAGCUCUGGAAGCUCCCCGCGCUGUUCGGCUGCGAGAACAACAAGUAUGGUAUGGGUACGUCGGCGGCUCGCUCCUCCGCCCUGACCGAUUACUACAAGCGCGGACAGUACAUCCCGGGUCUCAAGAUCAACGGCAUGGACAUCCUUGCCGUCAAGGCCGCCGUCCAGUACGGCAAGCAGUGGACUGAGGACGGCCACGGCCCCCUUGUCCUCGAGUACGUCACCUACCGGUACGGUGGUCACUCCAUGUCCGACCCCGGCACCACCUACCGCACUCGCGAGGAAAUCCAGCGCAUGCGGUCGACCAACGACCCCAUUGCCGGCAUCAAGCAGCACAUUCUCGACUGGGGCGUCGCCGAGGAGGAUGAGCUCAAGACCAUCGACAAGGAGGCUCGCAGCCACGUCAACGAGGAGGUUGCUGCCGCCGAGGCCAUGGCCCACCCCGAGGCGACUCCCAAGAUCCUCUUCGAGGACAUCUACGUCCGCGGCACCGAGCCGCACAAAUUCUUUAGCCAGGCCAACGGGACCAAGGCGAAGCCAGCUCCUUCUCAGCAGACGACACUCAGCUUUUCGACAAAGGCGACGACUAAAAAGAAGCAAGAUGACGAAACGGCUGCUGUCGAUGGGGAAGAGGGUGUAGAGAAGGCGACGGCAGAAAUCAAGAAGUCUGAGUCUGAGUCGGAUGAAGGUACGUUGCAAGUCAAGCAAGAAGCGGAAGACGAUGCUGAAGUGGCAGCACCCGCGAGUAAACGGCCCAGGAGAGGGAGGAAAGUGAUUGAAGAGGAGGACGAGGAGGACGCAGCGGAGGAUGAACCUAUGGAAGACGCGCCGGAGCCAGAGCCAAAGCGGAAGACGGCCAAGAAGACCGCAUCGCCAAAGCCGAAAUCACCCCGGAAAAAGGAGCCGACGCCAAUUGUGAAGACCGAAGCCGAGGAAGACACCCCGGAAUCUGCGUCUGAAGUUUCCGAAGAGGAGGACGAGAAGCCCAAGGCUGCGGCCAAAGCCCGCCAGACGGCCCAGGCUACCCUCAAGUCGGACGCCAAGCACCCCUACCCAGACUGGAAGGCGGGCGAGCCGGUACCAUAUGCCGCACUCUGCACGACAUUCUCGCUGAUCGAACUUACCACCAAGCGGCUGGAGAUCAUGGCCCACUGCUCUCUAUUUCUCCGACAAGUUUUGCGGCUCACCCCCGACGAUCUGUUGUCGACGGUCCUGCUCAUGGUCAACAAACUUGCGCCGGAUUAUGCUGGCGUCGAGCUGGGCAUCGGCGAGUCUUUGAUCAUGAAGGCGAUUGGCGAGUCCACGGGUCGUAGCCUGGCGGUGAUCAAGCAAGACCAAAAGGAGAUUGGUGAUCUCGGUCUGGUUGCCGUCAAGUCGAGGUCGAAUCAGCCAACCAUGUUCAAGCCCAAGCCCCUGACGGUGCAAGGGGUCCAUAAGGGCCUCCUGGGGAUUGCCACGACGAGCGGCAACGGCGCGCAGACCAGGAAAGUAGACGCGAUCAAGAAGCUUCUUUCAGCUGCGGAUUCCACAGGGACCGGUAAGGUGGAUAUCACAAAGGACAAGGGCGGGCCAAGUGAGGCCAAGUACCUCAUCCGUUUUCUUGAGGGCAAGCUGAGACUUGGGUUGGCCGAGAAGACGGUCAUUGUUUCGCUCGCUCAGGCGAUAGUCGCUCACGAGGCGGCUCAGAAGGGCAAGACGGCGAAAACGGAAGACAUUGCCCAAGGCGAAUCGAUUCUCAAGACGGCUUACAGCGAGCUCCCAAGCUACGACAUUAUCAUCCCUGCGAUGAUUGAGCAUGGCAUCAACAAUCUGGCGGAUCACUGCCAGCUGCGCCCCGGCGUGCCUCUGAAGCCCAUGUUAGCGAAGCCUACCAAGGCCAUCACGGAAGUCCUGGACCGCUUUGAGAACCAAACAUUCACUUGCGAAUACAAGUAUGAUGGUGAGCGGGCACAGAUUCAUUACGUCGCCAAGGACACGGACGAAGAGUUCAGCCAGUCGGCCAUUGGCGCCACCAAGGAGGUCGGCAAGGGUGUGGCCGCAAUCUUUUCCAGGAACUCGGAGGAUCUCUCCGGCAAGUAUCCCGACGUUCUCGCCAGGCUUCCGAGCUGGGUCAAGGAGGACACGAAAAGCUUUGUGCUGGACUGCGAGUCCGUGGCGUGGGACAUUGAGGAGAAGAAAGUGAUGCCUUUCCAACAGCUGAUGACCCGAAAGAAGAAGGGGGUGAAAGCAGAAGACGUCAAGAUCAAGGUUUGCGUGUUUGCCUUUGACCUGCUUUACCUCAACGGCCAAGCUGUCGUGCACAAGCCGUUGAGGGAGCGUCGAGAACUGCUCCACAAGGCCCUUCAACCUAUCGAGGGCGAGCUUGCGUUCGCCACGGCCAUCGACGGCCGCGAGAUGGACGAGAUCCAGGCGUUCCUCGACGAGUCGGUCAAGGCCUCUUGCGAGGGGCUGAUGGUUAAGAUGUUGGAUGGUGAGGAAAGCGGGUAUGAACCGAGCAAACGCAGUCGCAACUGGCUCAAGAUCAAAAAAGACUACCUCGCCGGCAUCGGCGACUCCCUCGACCUCGUCGUCCUCGGCGCCUACUACGGCAAAGGCAAGCGCACAUCCGUCUACGGCGCCUUCCUCCUCGCCUGCUACAACCCCAACACCGACACCUACGAAACUGUCUGCAACAUCGGCACCGGCUUUAGCGAGGCCGUGCUCGAGGAACUGCACACCUCCCUCUCCGAAAUCGUCAUCGACCGGCCCAAGCCCUUCUACUCCCACAGCUCCGGCGGCCAGCACCAGCCCGACGUCUGGUUCGAGCCCAAGUAUGUCUGGGAAGUGAAGACGGCUGAUCUGACGCUUAGCCCGCGGUACAAAGCGGGGAUGAAGGAGGGUGUGGAUCCGAGUGGGGAGAAGGGGAUUAGUUUGCGGUUUCCAAGGUUUAUUAAGAUUCGGGAUGAUAAGAAGCCGGAUGAGGCGACUAGUAGCAGGCAGGUGGCGGAGAUGUAUCGGAAGCAGGAGAGUGUGACGAGUAGUAAGGGGCCGGCGGUGGAUGAUGAUUUUGAGUAUUAG